UUUACAGGGACUGAUAUUCCAGGAAAUACCCUGCAUGAGGAAAGAAAUAAUAAGACAGAAGAAGGAAGCAGCACUGUUUUCUACAAUCCUUUCGUAGCAUUAUCAAUUCAACAACAACGUCAAAAACUUCCUGUAUUCAAGCAUAGAAACCACAUUCUGUAUCUGGUUGAGACUUACCAAACUGUUGUGAUUGUGGGUGAAACAGGUUGCGGUAAAAGCACUCAGAUCCCACAAUACCUGGCUGAAUCCGGCUGGACUGAGAAUGGAUAUGUUGUUGGUAUUACACAGCCACGUAGAGUAGCUGCAGUAACAGUAAUUGCUAUUAUGUGAUAUUUUUAAAUGCCAAGGGUGUUUAUUG